AUGGAAAUCGAAAGAGUUAAGUCUGUGGAGAAGCACAUGAAAGUAGAGUGCAAGUGUCAUGGCGUCUCCGGGUCCUGUGAACUGAAGACCUGCUGGCGGGCCAUGCCUACCUUCCGCGAGGUCGGGGCGCGACUCAAGGAGAAAUUCGACGGAGCGACGGAGGCGAUCCAGGAAAGAAUAGGUACGAGGCGGCAGCUUGUUCCUGUCAACAAGCAGUUCAAGCCCCACACCCACGAGGACCUGGUGUACCUGGUACCCUCCCCUGACUUCUGUGACCCGGACCCCAGUAUAGGGUCCCUGGGGACCAGGGGGCGACUGUGUAACAGCAGCUCCAAGGCCAUCGACGGCUGCGACUUGAUGUGUUGCGGGCGGGGGUUCAAGACGAGGCGGAAGAUGGUGGUAGAGAGAUGUAUGUGUAAGUUCCACUGGUGUUGUUACGUCAAGUGUAAGGAAUGUAGGCGGGAGGUGGAGGAACACUACUGCUUAUGAAAACGGUGUCUACAAGAUCGUUGUCAUCCAGUGCGGUUACUGUAGCUUCGAAAUCACUGUACUGCAGCAUUGCUAUCUUACAUUACGGCAUCAUGACCAUACACUGCAGUCUCUGCAAGGUCUCUCUCUGCAGUAUUGUCAUCACUUGUCCCUGCAUCAUGAAAAACAAGGACAUCAUCCAAUGUGAUUGCGUGUCACUUCCGCACUCUUACCAGAAAUAUCAUUCUCUUGUAAAACAGACGGCUCGAAAGGAACGCAAGGUGGACACGCUUGUUUUAACACAAAAAGCAAAGUGACGUCAUGCAGUCACGUGAUGCCCGGAACGAUUUCUCAGUUAUGUGCAAACACAGUGGCAUGUGAUAUGUUUUACCACGUCAUCUCGUUAAUCUCAUUUAACAUUGAUAUUCAUUCCUUCAUUUGUCUGCACUUCAAAUUAUUAGUGCAGUAUUGCGGUUGUUCCUGCAAGAAUCCCUUGUUAUGGACUCUUUAUACAAGUUGUCUUAAAGUAUGAAUCUUUUCCUAAAAACUCGAAAAAUGUUUUAGUUUUAAACAAGAAACAUCUAAGGAUUCGUGCAACAUAGUUAGGUUUUAGAAAGAAAUUACGAAGUUAAUUUUUUGCUAGAUCAUAAGAUGUUUAGGUUUGUAGCAGAGAGAAUGCUCUUGAUUUUUCAGCCGAAGUGUUCAGUUUUCAGUUGUUUAAAGCAAUCCGCAAAGGCAAAGCUUCCUAGAAAGCCAACUGUCUUCCGUCCACAAUUCACAAUUCACAAUUGAUACUUAUAAACACUUAACUGGUAAAUUGUGGAAUAUAAUUCGAGGGUUAUAGAUGAUAUAGGCAGUAGUGACUGGACCUCCAUUUCAGUGGUUUCUCUACAGCAGCACGGCAGUUUUAUUAGCCCAGUGAAUAAGUUAACAGGUGUACAGCGUAAUUAGGAACUUCAAAUCCUGGGCGUUUUCCUACAUCAUCGUUUCAGAGUUCUACUUAAGUCAGAAAAGAAGUACAGUUGACCUGGACUUGAUACCUGUAGGCAGAGCGCUCCCUAAUCAUUGGCCACUCCCUAUGAUUUUUUUCUAAAAAAAGACGGAAAUGUAUGGCAAAUGAAUCUGGCGACUCUGUAGGGAAUGUAGUAA